AUGAAGAAGUUCUUCCCCUUCAGCGGAAAGAGGAAGACAGAUGAUUCUCACAGCCACUCCUCAGAACUGUCCAUCAGCAUGGCCAGUACCUCGCCCAACCUGUCCACAGGUGGGGGAUAUCGCCUCGGAGAUAACCACUUAAAGAAACUUCAUAAAGCUGCUUCAGUUGGAAAUGUGCAGAAGCUGUUGGAUUACCUUGAGCGCAAGAAAAACGAUGUGGAUCUGCGGGACAAACAGGAUAGAACAGCUUUGCAUUUCGCCUGUGCUAACGGGCAUACAAAUAUUGUCUCUCUCUUAAUUGAGAAUCAAUGCAAAAUUAAUGUCCAGGAUAGUGAAAAGAGAACCCCAUUGAUUAAGGCAGUACAGUGUCAACAGGAGAGUUGUGCUACACUUCUUCUACACCAUGGUGCAGACCCAGAUCUGGGAGAUGUUUAUAGUAAUACUGCUCUUCAUUAUGCUGUUUGUGGCCAGAAUAUCUCAUUAGCCGAAUUGCUUGAAUACAAAGCCAAUCUUGAAGCCAAAAAUAAGGAUGGCUACACUCCACUUCUACUUGCUGUUGCUGAAAAUAAUGGAAAUAUGGUAAAAUUCCUUCUAAAGAAAGGGGCAGAUGUAAACGCAUCAGAUAAAAACCACAGAACAGCCAUCAUGAUUGCUCUGAUUAUUGAACCAACGAGUUCUAUAAAACUUCUUCUUCAGCAAGAUAUGAACCUAGCAUGCAAAGAUAUUUAUGGAUUUACAGCAGAGGAAUAUGCCUCAUUUAAUGGCUUUACUAUGUAA